AUGCUUAUGACCAUGGCCUUGAUCCACAAGGGCUUUGCUGUUCGGGCUGUGGAUGACUCCCAUGAUGUGGAUAGAUUGCCGCCUCUUCCUGCGCCGAGUUGCCCGCACGGUGGGACUCCCACACCAUGGGUCGAGGAAAGCGGUGGGUUGUGGUACACCCAUUCCUGUACCAAUGCUUGCAAAGUGAAGGCGCCAAAAAGCACGCCGGUCUGUUCCGAUGAUAUGGCUGAGUAUACCACGUGCAGGAGGAGCGCAGACGAUUGCGAAUGCUGGUGGUUGAAUACGGGGCCUUAUUGCGAGAACAUCGGGACCGUCCACCGCUUCGCGAAGUGCUGCGCGUUCGACCCGCAACAGUUCGUGGGCAAGGACUGCCACGCUUGCACUGACACCAGGGCAGACGGCAGUGCCAUUUGCAAUGACAAGGAUCCUUGUGCAAAAUGA